GCAAGCGAUGAAAGCAUGCAAUCCACCACGUCACCUUCAAGCUCCAACCCGGCCGAGUUAUCGCUCCCGGGGAGGCCGAUUGAUUCGACAAACGAUGCGUUCAGUAUCAAAUUUGAUAUCGCGGGCUAUUCAUGCCGCGAGUUUAUUCAGCUUUUAACGGGCGACACGCACGCUAAUUGAGUAAAUUCCGAAAAAGCAAUUGUUUUUUUAUAGAAUUCCCACACACCAAAUGUGCGCGCGCGACCAUUGAGGCAUCAAACCGCGAAUUCAACUAGAAACUAUCCAGUCAUUCUCGGGCCUACGUCGAGCGUAGAUCGAAUUAGCACCUUUUUAUUGUUUAUUGAAUAUUAAAUCGCAAACAUGAACGUUGGUGAUGGAGAGGAAAACCCGUUCAUACAGGCUCUGCAGUCCGAUGCAUUGAACGAGCUUCUUAAUGAUAAGAAUAAACAAGAAAUGGCAGAAAAUUUGGCCGAUAAUUUGAGAAAAUUGUCGGAUAUGUUCAGUAAACUAUCCGAUCAGGAGAAGCAACAGUUUACCAAAGAGUUCAAAGGUCAAUUCAUAAACCAACUGAAAGGGUUAUCGGAGAUGGUAAAACAACAGAAGUUGUCCGAGGAAAAUUCUGAAAAUAUGAAAUCGAUUCCUAUAUUUGGCGCAAACGAAGUCCUACAUGAAGAACUUAAUUUUUAUUUGAUGAUUGCGUUUGGAUUGUUGAUACUGUUAUUUGUUGUAUUCUUCGGCUAUAAACUAUAUCUUUCUCUAACGGAGAAAGAACGUAAACUACAGGAAAAACAAAAAGCCAAGCAGAGCAAGAAGAAAAAGUGAGCUGUUGUUAACCCGCGUGGCAGACAAUCAGCAGAGGCAGUCGGACGGUUUGCCACCAUCAGCACAAAAACAUUCCAUGGGCGAAAAACUACCACAAGCUUCUAAAUUUGAUGAAAGUUUAAAAUGUUUUCGCCCACCACCUCCUUCUACGAAGCGCAAUCAAGUGAGACUUUAUAGUAAUAUUUAUGAUAGCUAUUUUACUACAACCACUUUUCGUUUAAUGUCUGCAAUUUUAUCAUAAGCAAGCGAAGAUCUAACAAUGUUGAAGGGCAUCUGUCGAAUGGUUAGGUGAACUGCAAAACUACAUAUUUCUUUUGUCUGUUAAGUUUGAACUUUUUUGGUCAGAAUGAAACUAUACAAAAUAUAACUAAAUCAAAAGAUGUUAAACAAAUUUAUUCGGAUGAGUUCUAUAUACAAAACUAUAUUAAAUACAAGACGGUAAUCAAAAUCAACUAUGUAAUGCCAGACAAACAAGGUAUCUGUUUAUGAUAUUAACUUUGCAAUUAAUGUAUGUUUUCUUUGAAAUGACGAAUGAUACGAAAUACAUCAUAUACCUGGAGA